CCCAAAAACGCGAGUUUAAACCUGAAACACGUAGCUUCCCCUCGAGAUUUUUCAUUUCCCGAAGGUGCAAGAGUUCCUUGAGUGCGUGGGCAAGCCCCCGCGGCGGGAAACUUGCGACUUCGGACGAGUUCGGAAGUUUGGAAGUUUGACAGGUACCUACUAGUUUUGAAUUUUGAGCGCCGCGAGGAGUCGAAUCGGGGCGGAGUUUGCGCUAAUUCUGCGGGAUUUUGGCGAGAGAAGCUCUAGAGCUGGUGGAAAGUGCCGGGUUCGGCGUGUGGGUCCAUUUAUUUAAGGUGGAAAGUGCGAGGUGGCAGUUGGCCGCGGCCGCCGCCAUGUUGGAUUUUGUCCGGUCGCCAGGGUCGUGAGAGUCGGAGAGGUAUGCCUGAUCGAGGGAUCUACGUUCCCAUCCUUGUCGAUCCACGAUCCAGAUGCCUCCGACCCCUCCGAUGCCGCGGACUGUGGACAGGUGCACCUCGCAGGACGGGAACGUAGCCGUAGCGUAACCGGAACCGGAUCGUCGACCGCGUUCCACGUGCCGGUCCCUCACGCGGAAAAGGGAGCGCCUCGGAUGACAUCACUGCCGAUGAAACACGUGCGUGCUCUCCACCGCAGGGAACGAUUUCCCUUCCACUAUCCUCGUAACCUGAAAAACGACCCUAGGGAAGAAAAAACUCCAGCGGCCCCGCCGGCAAGACGUGCAGUCGACGUUUUUUAUGCGAGCAAUGCCGGUUCCAGGGAAGCGCCCGACCCCUUUUCCCCGGAUCUCCAGCAGGAUCUCCACUCUUAUCUCGCCACCAUUUCCCGGAGUAGCCACUCUCCUCGUUCUUCGAGAGGCGAGUCUCUCCCUCCCAGGGGCUGGUCCGAACACUACAGGAGCUAUUAUUACCGGCGACUGGCGGGUUCUAUUUUCACCCGGGAAGUUUCCAGGGAUCGAUUGGAUCUAGAUCGGAAAUUCGCGCGGCCAGUUGCACGAGGUCGUUGGACGAGUCGUCGAUUGGAAGAACCGAGAAAAGGACGAAACUGAAUGCGACUCGUUUGCUACGUUUCUGAGGGAGGAGAAAUGUCGCGGUCGAGACGGCCGAAACGGACGCGGCCAAGGCGCGGAAUUUCCGCCAGGAUUCGGCCGAUCGGCUUUUGAGCGGAAGUCCAGAGGAGGAAGAUGGGUGGAAGCCAAUCCGGAAGGAGUUUACCUACGCCAGGAGAGGAGGUGAACUUCGACCAUUUCCAGAUUCUGCGAGCCAUCGGGAAAGGAAGCUUUGGGAAGGUCUGCAUAGUUCAGAAACGCGAUCGCACCGGCAACAUGUACGCCAUGAAGUACGUCCACAAGGGAGAGUGCGCAGAAAGGGGAGCCUUGAAGAACGUCGCCAGGGAGGUCGAGAUCUUGUCGAAAUUGGAGCACCCCUGUCUAGUCAAUCUCUGGUUCAGCUUCCAAGACGAGGAGGACCUCUUCAUGGUGUCGGACUUGCUGCUGGGGGGCGACCUGAGGUACCACAUCCAGCAGGAGGUGCAGUUCUCCGAAGGCAGCGUGGUGCUCUUCGUGGCCGAAAUAGCUCUCGCCUUGGACUACUUGCAGAGUCACAAGAUCAUCCACAGAGACAUCAAGCCGGAUAACAUCCUGUUGGACGAGGAAGGACACGCACACGUGACGGACUUUAACAUCGCCACUGUGUUGGAAGAUAGUCAGCUGGCCACGUCGAUGUCCGGAACGAAACCGUACAUAGCUCCCGAGGUGUACAUGUGCUCCUGCGAGGAGUACGGAGUCCUGGGUUAUGGAUACGCCGUGGAUUGGUGGAGUUUAGGAGUCCUGGCCUGGGAAACUCUUGCCGGUUCUCGUCCUUAUCCUUUACACGCCGCCACGUCGCACAGAGACGCUCUGGCAAUCCUUCAGGAGGAGAGGACAACUCCGGCUCACUGGACGCCGCCGAUUCGUGAAUUGUUCGAUCGACUUCUGACUCUGGCCCCAGGAGCCCGAGUGUCCACCCUGAAGGAGUUAAAGCAGGUCGGAGUGAUGGCCAACCUGGAUUUCGACAAGGUCCUGGAGAAAGGAAUAAAACCCCCCUUCACGCCUCCGAAGGACCACCUUAACUGUGACCCCACCUUCGAACUGGAAGAAAUGAUCGUCGAGACGAAACCUCUGCACAAAAAGAAGAAACGCCUUGCCAAGCAAAGAUCCCUCCGGGUGGAACCCGAAGACCCGAACGCCGAGGCGGGAGGGCCAGGGAUCGACGUCCGGAGAUUGGCUUUUAUCCCGGAAUACCGGGUGUACAACCGGGAGAGAGAGCUCGAAAGACAAGAGAGAGAGCGCAAAGAGAGGCAGUGGGAAGAGGAGCUCGACACGGCCAUGAAGGGAGCCGAAGAGAGGCUCAGGGUGAAGACGCAGUCCAAGGCGCCCAACCGACACCUCAGCGUCUCGACGGCGAGCGUCAAGGCGCGAAUCAGCGGCUCUCCUCGACCCUGCCGACGGAAGAGCACCUCCGAGGACAUCGACUACAUAGACGCGAGUCCUGAACCUUCGACCUCCUAAUUCUGUCCAUGAUUAUGAAAGGGAUUUGAGUAAUUCCGAUAUUUUUCUUUCAUUGCGGAACUUUACCUUAUUGUAAUUUAACCGGAUGCGGCACAAAAUAGGGGGUCGAUUCAUUUCUUUGAUGUCUUUUUUAGUUAGACUUUCGUAAUUACCGGCGCAAUUAUCGAGCCAGCCUCUCUUCAGGGACCAGCCAUCGUCGUGUCCGAUCGACCUGGCGAGCUCUUCGGGGCUCUCGGCCGAGAAGAUGGGGGGAAAAGGAGGAACCUGGCCUGGCGUUCUUCCUGAAAAGUGCGGGAGUGCACCGAGCUCCGGUUGCAGAGACGUUGAACGACAUCUAAUCGAUACCACAAUGCAGGAGGUGCGGCGGUGGCGGACAAUCACGAGGUCACGAGGUCAGGAGCUUUAGGAGCGACCUCGAAGAGACCCCCGGGUCCUUUCCUGGACUCUAAGACGCGUCUUGGGGUUACGAGGAUGCGAAGCCCCUUUUGCAGGACCUUCUUCAAGGGCGACACCCCGCUCCGGUAUUUUUCCCCAUUUUCCACGAGAGUGCCGGAACACAAUUUGGACGGGGAAAAGAAUUUUUCUCAGAGACCGAAUACCGCGAGGCUAUGCAUAGUGAUGUUCCACGGGGCGCUUCGAAGGGUAUUUUCAUAUUUUCAUAAAUUCCGAGGGAGAUCAUGGGCGGAUAAAUGCGAGAUAAAGGAGAAAGGGGACGCGAUUAAUUUUUCCUUGUGAGGAGGAAAAAUUCGGUCUUGCAGUUUCUUUUUCCACUUUCUGCAAGAUUAAGGCGAUGUGAAAGCACUGCCAGCGAGGUCUCGUUCAUGAAACUUUCCUUCGGAAUGGGUGUAGCGAAGGGGGUCGCCAUAUUGAAUUGAAAGUAACGCAAUUCCGGGAAGCUUUUCCGCGUUUCCUCUCUUCCUCUUCUCGUUUUUCGCCUUUAUCGUACCCUCGGCGAGCUCUCGGGGGGCGACUCGAUAAACCCUCGUUCUUAUAAUAAAUCCUUAUUCUCAUAAUCUCUGUCCGAGAAGAGGAAAUAAAUAUAAAGUAGACGAGUCGCUUUCUCCCGACCAAAAUGGCGACCUCAGCGGACCAAAAUGCGAGAACGAGUCGAUUGUAAUCUCCUUUUAUAUAAUAAUUGGACCUACCGGUCUAGCGUUUAAUACCUAAAAAUUCGGAGGGGCUAUUCACUCGGAAUCGAACAACCCCUCGAAGAAAAUCCACUCUGCGAUCCAUGUGAACCUCAUUUAAUUUACACAUUUCGUACAUUAGCGGUUCUCCGUUCUCGAACGGUGUUAAAUGCAGCGGAAUGAGCAUUAACAGUUUUAAUUAACAGGGCUCCUAUAAAGGGUGUUACAAAGUCGAAACCGUAUACUAAAAAGAGAAAGAAAAGGCGUAUAACAAGGAAAAGAAAAUUAAAAUCUGUAUACGAACCCUCCGAAGCGUCGCAAACUUCGAGGAGGAAAUUCCAAGAACUCGUUACAUCCUAUUUACCUAUUAUUAUUUCAUAAAUUUCAUAUUUCGGUCGAUAAUCGGAGAAUCCUCGAAAGCA